AUGAAGCUCAUGGCCUCGUGCGACGAUGGUGCCGCGUACAAGAUGUCAUUUGGCAGUCUCAAAAUCGUGGGAGAUCUCCCACCGCAGCGCCAGAAGGCUUCGAAAGGCUUUGCCUUUUCUGCCGACCACAUGCGGGCCGUGCAGGGCAAGCUCGCGUUUGCCAACAGCACCAUUGCCGCGCUGCCUCUCGACGACAUUGUGCUGUAUACUGACCUUGACGUCAUGCCGUUACAACCGUACUCACGACUGCUCCGCUGGCUCACGUGGAACGACCUCGUGCUCACCCACGAGCCGCAGCCCAGCAUCACCGAGCUGCACCGGUUCAAUGGCGGCCUGUGGCUGCUCCGCGUGUCGAGGGCGACCCGAGCGCUGUUGCACAAUUGGUACGCGACCUUCCUGCGAAACGAGCGGCUGGUGAGCGGCGAGCAGGCCCACCUGCCUGACGCGGUCAGGCAGACGCAGGGCCUUCGCAUCCGCCAGUUUCCGCAGGUCGUCGUGCUGCUCCGCAGCUUUCCGUGGCGGGGCGGCGUGGCGGAGACCAGGCGCUGCAGCGACCGCGGGCGGUACCGCGACUGCGAGGACCUGAUCGCUGGGACCACCGUCGCCUACCACGCCAUUGCUCUCGACCACGACCGCUCGCUGUCGCGGCUGAGCGGCGAGCAGCAAAAGAUCGUGGCCAUGUGCCGCGCGGGCAACAUGUCGCGCGGCUGGCCGGUGCACAUGGGCUGGGCCGCGCGCGACGAGGAGCUGCGCGGCGUGCACCGGCAGGCGCACGUCCUCCAUGCGCUCGCCAAGUCGACCACGUCUGCAAGCCGGCGUGACGUGUGCAGCCUCUACUACGGCACCGCUCGCUUCCCUCCAAACACCGCCGGCGCGAAGAAGCAAGCACGCAGAGCCAACACGGCCUGCUCGAUGGCCCCGAAGUCGAGGAAGCCACCCGAGAAGACGGCGAGCCUGUUUGCGCGCGGCGGGCCGGACUCGUCCGACGAUGACGAGGCCCCAGCGAAGAACACCGGCAAGCCCAGCGCCGACCUCCGCAAGCACUUUGCGCCCAAGGCGGCCGCGCCUGCCGCCGCCGACCCGACUGACGAGGUCUCGACCGACUCUGACGACUCGGACGAUGGCAAGUUCAACUUCGACCUGCCCGCCAAGGCGGGCUCCAAAGCGGGCGGAAAGUCGAAGCCCGCCGCCGCUGGCGGCGGCGGCGCGUCGAGCCGCACCGUUCCCGCAGCGGGUCUGCCGACGGGGUGGUGGGCGGAGGAGCGCACGGCGAGCUCGGGCCGCGUGUACAAGGUGUACUACGGGCCCAACGGCGAGUACGCCGAGUCGGCCCGGGCGGGCGGGCGCAAGGAUGGCAAGGGCGGCAAACGGGGCGGCGGAGGCGACUUUGAGUUUUCCGUGCCGGAGGAGGGGGAGGAGGAGGAGCCGAAGCGGGGCACGCUGGACGCAUGGCGCAAGAAGCCGACGGCGGUGGCGGCGGAGCGGGCGGCCAGGGGCGGCGGCGGCGGCGGCAGCAGUGGCGGCGGCGGAGGAGGAGGAGGAGGUGGCAAGAAGGGUGCUACUGGAGGCACGGCACCGGUUGCGGGAGUGAAGCGGGCGCCGGGCGGAGGGGGCGGCAAGCGAGCCGCGGCGGCAGAGGAGGGCGGCAGCGGGGAAGCGGGCGGUGGGGGGGGCGACACCGACUUGCUUACGCAGCUGCUGACCUCCAAGCGACAGCGCGAGGAGGAGAGGCGGGCCGAGGCCGAGAGCAUCGCAGAGGACGUCGAGCUGAUGAUGGACAACGGCGUGCGGGUGAACCCCGCGCUGCGCGACAUGUUUGCGGGCGGCGGGUCCGCCGCAAAGAGGCGGCAGCAACAGCAGCAGCGCCGGCGGCCGGCAAGCGACGAGUCUGCGGAUGACUCGGACUGA